AGUCUGGAGCCUGUCCAGGCGACACCGGCGCAAGCACCAAUCGCAGCCCCUCCCGCUCCUACUUCUGCUGGUUCUGGCUCGCAGCCUUUCCCCAAGCUCGUCCAGCAGAGUGCGACUGUCUCCUCUGAUGCAGCGCCAAAUCCCCCUCGUAAACCUGCCACAUCGCUCCCGCUCAACAUGCUCACCAAAACGGCUUCGCAACCGCCUCAAGCACCGCCCGCACCGCAACGAACCAUGUCUCAGCGCGCGACGUCUGGUCCUCCACCUACGUCGCUGAAUAAGCACCGCACAAGCAUGUUUGGUACCAUCAAGAAGCGGUUCUCCAUCUUGACGAGUUCUGACUCGAAAACACCGACAACGCCUGCAAAGGAUGCCGCCCCAGCUACACCGAGCAAAUCUGCUCAACCUGUUGUCGUUGAUCAGGCAGCCGUCAAGGCCCUGCCUGCUGUCCCUCCAUCGCCCGUGCCCGUCACGGUGAUCGAGGCCUCUCCCGCCGCACCGGGCAGGACGGACGUCUCUGAAUUCGGAGCGACUGCUGAACCAUUGCGCGAGCUGCCCGCGCGAACGACGUCUCACACCCCGCCUCGACCUGCCGUGGCAACUUUCUCUCCUGCCGACGCUCCGCCUCUCAUGGCCACUCCUCCCGGUAUCACUCGAUCGACACCCCAAUCUGCCAUCCCAACCUCUUCCUCCCCCCAACUCACACAGACCCUGUCUCGAGACUCUGGCGCUCGGUCCAUGGCUGGAUCCGUCGGAUCCAUCAAUCGUAGAUCAUCUGUCAAGGGACCCAGACCCAUGCCUUCAUCCCCUGAAUCCAAGGGCGGCGUCUCAAUCCCCAAUUCCGAUCCUAUCCCAUCUCGAUCUCGGCUCAGCAAUCCAUUACCCGUGCCAUCCCUUCCAGCCGGUGCGUCCCCACCCCAGCUCCAAUCUUUCCCUCUGGGCCCCAUGGUUCACGCCAGAUCGUCCAGUCAGUCGAAUGGAUCGUCCAAUAACCCGUUCCCAGAGAUCGUCACGCCCUCUACGCCAGGUGAACAAUCUGAAUACUCUGUUGGUCAUACACACACCACCACCACAGGUACGAGUGUCCGAUUGGUAUCGCCUUCCGCUACGCCCGAAGAGGAUCGAGCGUUAUUCUUGUCGAGUUCGGACAAUGUCGUUCCGCCUCAUGUGGAGGAUGGUCACAAGGUCCCGACCAGGGAAAGCUCUGGGGAAUCGCUUCAACCGUCCGUCCCUGCGUAAUCGAGCUUUGUAUUUUUACUUUCAUGUUUAUUGGAAUCCAACAUCAUAGACUCG